ACUUUGGAGAAACAUUAUGAAAGGCUUUUACGUUCUGAUCAUCGGCUACUUACGUUGAGUCAGAAAGUUUUGCAAGCCAUGAUUCUCAGUUUUUGAAACCGUUAAUAGCGACAUGCAAGAUAUGUGCAUGCUCCAACCAAAAUUUCCACCUAUUUCAAAUCAACCAUCCAGCAACUGGUGUCCACCUCAUCUGAAUCAUAUUGACAAUCAAGGGAGUGCUCCUACUCACAUGUGGACCUUUGAAUCUCAUGAUCCAGCAGUUGGUGCCAACCAUCCACUUUCACUGCUGACACCAACACCCAGAGUUAUACAAAUGAAUUCGCCAAGUUCAGUCAUGGAGUGCCUACCAACUAUGAAUCAAGGUGCAAGUUCUUUGAAUCCAAUGACAUCCUACUUGGAUUCUACCCUGAACAGAAUGACUCAGCUUUGCAAUCAAGACAUUCAAAGUUUGAGAAGGGUCGAUGACAUAAGCGAGCGACAAAUCCAACAACUACCCUGGGACACCUGCGCGACUCCAGCUCCUAAUUUUCUUCCUGGGCGAGUCUCUGCUAAUACCUUAUUAACUCAUACAGCUGAACAGAAAAUUUCCAUGUCCCGAGACAAGGUCAAUCACUCGAGGAGCAUUUAAUGAGCGAGUCAGAUGAUCUGGAUGCAUUUGCUGCUGAUGACUCUAGGCUUCUUUCUUCAGUAAAAUCUAUUGGGUCAGUCAUUUACUAAGAAGCACCACCAGAUUCACAACCGCAAUCCUCAAAUGAACUGGAUGAUGGUAACCAAAACACC